AUGUCAGAAAGUGAAAGUCCCGAGGCAGAAGCCAGCAGGCUUGUUGUAGCCCUUAAGCAUACCAGAGUGGAAAUGGGAGCAUGUGUCUAUGGACUUCAUCGUGAGGCUACCAUUGGCACAUCACUAUUUAAGACCCUAUAUGGAAGGAAUUGUAGGUCUCCUAUAUGUUGGGAUGAGGUUGGUGAAAAGAAGUUGCUAGGACCUGAGCUGAGCAGGCAGAAAAGCUACACUGAUGUUAGGUGUAAAGAUCUAAAGUUUGAAAUUGGUGACAACGUGUUCUUAAAAGUGGCACCUAUAAAAGGUGUUUUGAGGUUUGGAAGAAAAUGGAAACUAAGUCCACGAUUUAUUGGUCCUUUCAAGAUCUUGGAGCAAAUUGGCCCUGUAGCAUAUCGAUUGGCGUUACCACCAUCUCUCACUUCAGUUCACAAUGUUUUUCGUGUCUCGAUGUUGAGUGUGUAUGUGACAAAUCCGUCCCAUGUGGUAGACUUUGAACCAUUACAAUUGAAUGAGAACUUAAGUUAUGAGGAGAAACCUGUUCGAAUUCUCGCCAAGGUGGUGAAGACUUUACUCAACAAGGAAAUAGUACUUGUGAAAAUUCUGUGGCAAAAUCACCAGUUCGAGGAGGCUAUUUGGGAGCGAGAGGAUGAGAUGAAAGCCCAGUACCUGAAGCUUUUUCAGGAAUAA